CACAAUCUUUCAUCUCCAGCCUCACAAUCCCUCAAUGAUGAAAGAGUUAAUUAUGCUGUCAUCAAACAUAACUGUAGCCAAUGAAAUGAAGAACCUCCAAGGAGAAGGUACCAUGGGAAGUGAGGAACCCAGCAAAAGCUUGCUUACAGCCUCUGAGAGUGAAGUUGAUUCAGCAGCAUCACUUGCCUUAGAGAUGAAAUAUGCAUUGGAUCCCAAUCGGCAGAUCAAGAAAAGAAACAAAGCCCUGCAGGUGAGAUUCAAAGACAUCUGCGAGGCCCAGAAUGAGCAAAGGGACAAACAACUCUCUCUGUUACAGCAGACUGACAAAAAGGAAGCAAAAUCCAUCUCUUACAGAGCAGCUUACCGGAAAUACAUGACAGUGCCUGCCCGAAGAUCAAUCCCUAAUGUUACUAAAAGUACAGGAGUUCAGACUUCACCUGAACUUAAAAAGUGUUACCAGACGUUCCCUUUGGAUCGGAAAAAGGGAAGCAUAAUCAAAAGCAUAGCCUCCGUUGAUACUUUUCCAAGUCAAAACAAUGGAUUCCUAAUCGAUGUCAAAGAGAAAGACAGCAAAAUCUCAGGAGAGGCUGUUCAGUGUAGCAAGAAAAUCACUGGAUUUGUGACAGCUGAAUUUAUUUCACAUACUAAUGAACGCAUGAACGCAAUAGAGCCGCCUUCUAGGGACAACUGUUUGGAGACAUGUAUAAGCACUGAUUUGCACAGCUGUAGUAAAGAACCUCCUUCUCUUCAGAACUCGGCAGCUUCAGUUUUAGAAGAGCCUGAUUACCAGCUGCAUGACAAAGCAAAACACCACACUGGGCCACUGAGGAAUGAGGAAGCUAAUCCAGCCAGCCAAGGAAAAGUGUUCAAGACAGAAGUAGCUUCUGUCUACUUGCCUGCAUCUGGUUCACUCACUUCACAGGCUGACCAGCAGCAUUCUGCAGCAGCAGCAGCAGCAGCAGCAGCAGGGAAUGACUGGUCCCUGUGUCCAGCCGAGGAGGAGGAGGACAGAAAAAGAACUCUGCAUCUUAAUGGUCUGCAGUCACAAGCUGUAAGUACAGCUCAGGCCUGUUCAACACAGGCACAAUGCCAGUCUACCAAAUGUAAUGAGCAGACCCUUCAGGUAAAUGUUUCACACAUGGAAGGAAAACAGCCUUGUCAGACAGCAGUUGCUGUGAGCGAAGGAUGUCAACAAAUUGUGCCUCACACAGAAGUGGUAGAUUUGAAAGCACAGCUACAGAUGAUGGAGAACUUGAUCAGCUCAAGUCAGGAAACCAUAAAGGUCUUGUUGGGUGUUAUUCAGGAGUUGGAAAAAGGAGAAGCUCAUAGAGAAGGAUAUUGUUCCAAGGGGAAAAACUUUAUGUCGAAAUUGGACCUUGACUAUGUAAUGAAAGCUUCUUCUCAUUUGUUGAGACUUGACCCAUUAAAGAAACAUCCUAUUGGAACAUUACUUACUUUCACAAGAAGAUGGCUAACUACUGCAAUCAAGUGUAUAUUUGCUCCCCCAUUUUCCCCUGAAUAA